AUCCGGGUGGGUUAUCCUAACCCAAUCUUGUGGGAUAAGAGCGGCCUUCUUCGAAAUGCUCGCUGCUGCAGCGUUUGAAGUUCUCUCGCCACCAUCGCCAGAUCCCUUCUCCCGCACCGUAUUACUGCAGUAGCGUGAAGAAUUAACAGGAAAAGCAGGAAGUUAUGGCGGCCUUGACAAUGGCGCACUCUUCUGCGCUUCUGCGGAGCUGCGGGGCGGACGCUCCUGCGACGCCUGGGGCCACUACGAUUGAGAAGAGGAUCGGUGCGGUGGCAUUGCGUCAGAGACGAGGUGCUCAUUUCGGAGAGGUCAGGGAGGGGUCAUUAUUUGGGCAGAGUGUCAGUUUGGUGAAGCCUAGUGGUGUUACGGCAAGCAGGAGUGUGAAGCGGAGUGUUGUAGAGGCCACUGCGACGUUUGAUACGCAGACCAAAGUUGCGCUGGUGCGCAUUGGUACUCGUGGAAGUCCUCUGGCGUUGGCACAGGCUUAUCAGACUCGAGACAAGUUGAAGGCAGCUCAUCCUGAAUUGGCGGAGGAGGGAGCCCUUGAAAUUGUCAUCAUCAAGACUACUGGAGACAAGAUUUUGAGUCAACCGUUGGCAGAUAUUGGAGGCAAGGGUUUGUUCACCAAGGAAAUUGAUGAUGCGUUGUUGAACGGUGAUAUCGACAUCGCCGUUCACUCCAUGAAGGACGUUCCCACCUAUUUACCUGAGGGCACAAUACUCCCCUGCAACCUCCCCCGGGAAGAUGUUCGUGACGCUUUUAUUUGUCCGAAUUAUUCUUCUCUUGCCGAACUACCUGAAGGCAGUGUGGUUGGCAGUGCAUCUCUGCGGAGGCAAUCUCAACUCCUACACAAGUAUCCUCAUCUUAAGGUAGUAAAUUUUAGAGGAAAUGUUCAGACUCGGCUUCGUAAGUUGAGUGAAGGAACAGUUCAAGCCACACUCUUAGCCCUGGCUGGUCUGAAGCGCUUAGACAUGACAGAGCAUGUUACAACUAUCCUUGAUACCGAUGAUAUGCUCCCUGCCAUUGCACAAGGAGCCAUUGGUAUUGCUUGUCGAACUGGGGACACUAAGAUGGAGGAGUAUCUUUCGUCUUUAAAUCACGAGGACACAAGACUAGCAGUGGCAUGCGAGAGGGCAUUUUUGGCUAAGCUGGACGGCUCUUGCCGCACACCAAUUGCUGGUUUGGCCCAACGUACAGAUGACGGCUGCUCGUUUCGGGGCCUGGUUGCAACCACUGAUGGGAAACAAGUGUUGGAGACCUCAAGGAAGGGCUCAUUUUUCUAUGAUGAUAUGAUCGCUUUGGCACAAGAUGCCGGACAAGAGCUCAUCUCAAGGGCUGGCCCAGAUUUUUUCGAGUGGUAGAAUUCUUGAAAAUGCUCCAAGUUAACUUGGACUGGUUAAGCAUGGUACUAAUGCACACCAAGAUCGUAUUGGAAGGUAUGAUUAGAGGUUGUAUCUACAGAAGAGUAGGUUCCAAAGGAAACAGGUGGCUUCAGUUCUCCGCGGCAUGUAGGAAUUGUUUUAGGUUAAGGGAGGCAACGUCAAGCUGGCUAGUAAAUUCCCAGUGGGAUUGUAGUUUUUUCUUAGUUCUUAGGUGAUUUUCGUGGCUCUCAUUUCUCAAAUAAGAAAAUUAUUUUUCGAAGCAUUAUAUCUGAAGUUGUCACUCUUAUACCUGCAGCAAUUUGAAUGCUACAUCUCUUAUAAAGUUUCAGUUACUGACA